AUAUGCCGCAUGUUCCGCGGCAAGGAGGAGACGUACGUUGGCCAGGCUUGCGUCGUAUCCUGAGAACAUACGGUUUCGUAUCGGAUGAAUGCUUUCCGAGUCUCGGAGGACAUGACUCUUAAGGAGGAGGAGCAACCGACCCUAGAGUGCUUUUCACCGAGAAGAGGUCACUCUCUCAGUUGUGUUUGCCAGUCCGAAACCCUCAAGUUUCAUCGCCUGUAACCCACCGCAAGCAUGGUGCUCACCGGAGACCGCAUCACCAAGGUCUCACUUGGAAGCUAUGACCAAGUCGUGGCAAUCACCCAGUUCAUGAUAAACAAUGGCAUCCAGAAUCUGUGGAAGGCCCACCGCAAUGACGAAAAAAUGAAGUCCAAGCUUGACCAGAACCUGGGCAGUGCCAUGGGAUCUGUGACCGGAGUGGCCAUGGAGGCGCCCCGGGUCCAGGUUGAGUGGCAGCCCAAUGAUGCCAGCCAAAUCAUGUACUUUAUGACCUUCAACUCAGGCAAGCUCACGGUAAACAAAGCUGAAGUCGGUGAUGACGAAGACCCUGCCGAGUUCGACAUGAAGGGCUGGACUCUGGCCUUGCCCGUCGUUCUUGGCAUGAAGGAACUCAAGACGGAUGACCCCGUCUACAAACGGAAAAUAGCCGCCUUAGUUCCGGGACAGUACUCGGUGACCCGCCUGCUUGUCGCCAUAUCCGCGGCCAAGAGUCUCGUCGACUUUGAGAAGAGCUCCCUCGGCAGCGUCGACUGGAAAAAGACCUGGGAUGAGACGGUUCGCCGGAGAGUCACGCUUCUCUUACAGGAACUCGUCAACGUGCUAUUCAAGUACGCCCUGAACACCAUCGGCUAUUCCGUCAAGAGCAAGGACACCCAGCUGAUCAAAAAGGAACACCCGCCGACGUUCCAACCCACCGCGUUGCGCUUCCAGACGUACCCUUGGCGCGACCCUGCAAAGCCCGAUGACCAAGCCACGACUGGGCUUACCGGUAAUGCGGCUCUCAACUACCUCUUGUACCUGGAGAUGACCGACGGCCACCCCGUCCCUGUCUUGGAGGCCGCAACGCUGCCGUACAAAGGUAACUGGACGGAAGGACGCCUUGACUCAGGAGCCAACGCAGCUUCGGUCGACUUUGGAACCUUUGCCAUGAGUGGCAAGAACUUUCUCGAGGCUUACCUGCUUCCCAAGCUCCGCCACCUCAACAAGAUCAUGGAGCCCCGCGUUAAAGACCUUGAUGUUACGCUCUACUGGGACGGUUGGCCGAGCUUCAGGUACAACUGGAACUGUGGCGUGCGAGUUGGCUACAAUGUCGACAGGCUGGAUGCCAACGAUCCAGUCUUUGACUUUAAGCGCAGCGCCACCAAUCCGAAUGCGUACGAGUAUACCAGCAAAUACGACUCCACAACCGACUCGAACCUAUCGCAGCACAAAGACAUUGGUUGGUUCGUAGAGGCAUCGGGCUCAGCUUCCUGUUCUUGCAAGAACACGGUUGAGUACACCCCAGGCAGUCCGGAAAUUGUCAUCAAGGGCGAGUCCAAGGUACAGCUCUACUAUUGGUACAAAAACUUGACCAGUGACGACGACACAUUGAACUACAAGGUCACCUGGAAGAUCACGCUCACGCUGCAAUCGGUCAGCGACGGCGGCCUCCAGAUCGCCGUCAAGGCGGACAAGCCCGUCAGCACCAAGGAUUACACCAUGAACGAAGGCAAGCUGAACCAGUACGGAGACUGGCUCGAGGACGCCUACAUCCCGGCCCUCUCCAACCUGUCCCACAUGGAAGCGGCCCUCGUCAACGACCUGUCGGGCCAGCAGAAGUUCUACUUCCCGGCCUCGGGCACCUUCUUCUUCAAGGACCCCGUCAUCAACGCCGAGGGCGCCCUCAUCUGCUCCAUCGGUUACAACGGCGCCGACGACUUUGCCAACCCGGACACGACCACCGUGCGCAAGAAUGUACAGGCGACCCCUCUGGCGCCGCCGAAGGAGCCCCUCAAGGGAGGAAUUGAUAUUGUGGGCACUUCCAAGAACCGGGAUAAUCCACCGCCGUCGUGAGAAGAAGGCAAGACGCGGUGACGGGCGAUGCUACAAGUAGAGAUGGGCAUGGCUGUAAUGAAUGACGCUUGUUUUGCUUUUUCAAUUUCUCUAUUUUCAGCUGGUUAGGAGAACGCCCAAUCCAGUGUCUCGAUGUGUAUGCCCCCAACCUCCACGGUAUUAAGGAAUCAUCCCAUCGACAGGUAGUUGCAAAUUGUCCUUCCAUCUCGCACCCUGCAUCCCGCACAUGUCUUGUUUCUCAUCUUGCUAACAGACAAGCCCCCAAUUGAAGAAACUAAAUAUCUCCCACUACAUUUUCUCAGGAGAGUUGGUGAUUCUACGGUGCAGUCCUCCCCACACCCACCCCCACAUUGACUCGGGGCACG